UAUAGGCUGCGCUGCCGAUGGAUCUUCAUUGCAUAUCUGACCACCAGUGGAACAAGCCACUGACACAACCGGCCGUCAACCGUGUACAACACAGGAUUGUCGACGGAGUCGUAUACGGACAACAGUGACGUCUGAAACUAUAUUAUAUGUGUUUUUCACAGCAUUCAAACAAUCUGUGUUAUACGGACACCUGUGUACAACAACCACCACCAGCCAUGUUGAUGUAUCAGAUCCUGUCUGCGUUCUGUAGUGUGAUGCACGUGCCCAUAAUAUGCAGUGGAACAGAUGACCUUGGGUUCGAGCUUCUCUUCACUUCUAACCUAAGGGAAAUGCAUGAUGUGGCCUUGACCUUUGAUCAUCCAGCUCCACCCUGGCUCCGCGGAACGCUGGUGCGAAAUGGUCUUGGGUCGUUCUCCAACGGACCACGUAACUUUUCGCAUUCGUUCGACGCCUUUGCGAAGCUGGCUAGUUGGCGUUUUCCCGGAAACAACUCCGUCUUUUUCUCUACCAAGUUUCUCCGUACGCAUUUCUACAAGGACUCAAUGAAAGAAAAAACAAUCGCCCCAUACCUCCUAUUUCAAGGUGUAGAGCCGGAGUUUUCCCAAGUAGAGAAAUUUCAGGCACUGGUACGAGGCAUCGAUAACAUGAACGUCAACAUUUACGCCUUCACCGACAAUAAACGGAAUCUGACGGAAUACGUGGCUCUCAGCGACUUCUGGAAGUAUUACGUCUUCUACCCACGUGACCUAUCUACGGGCGGUGCCGUGUCGGCACACGUAUCUACUUCUUCUAGCGGGUUCGGGUUGUUAGGUUUUCUCAAUUUAUUGUCGUCUGCACACCCACUUCCGGAACCAGGAACCGGUCAUCACAUUACGUUCUUGUCGAGUGUCAGCGUAUUGCCAUGGACCAGUAGUGCCAUCAGUCUAAUAAGAAUUGUCUCCCCUACAAAGCGAGUAACCAUCUCUAGAUGGAACGUUGAUCGUGUGCCGUACAUGCAUUCCUUCUCCGUGACAGAGAACUACGCCAUUUUGUUUGCGAGCCCCUUCUAUGUGAACGUUAAGAAAAUGGUGCUCAAAGCCGAGCCUUUCGAUUGUCUGGAUUGGUAUCCCAAUCGGCCGACAACUGUGUAUGUGGUAGAGUUGAAAACAGGCAAAGUAACCUCCUUGACAACAGGCAAUGUCUUUGCCAUGCAUCAUAUAAAUGCCUUCGAGACGAGCGACACAGGUAUAAUAUUGGACGUGUCUGCCUACACAAGCCCCGAUUUCGUCAAGAAUUUAGAAAUGAAGGUUUUGACAGAUCCAAUCAAACGAAACCAGUUUGACGCACUUGCUCAAAUUAAACGCUACCACAUAUCCCUAGCCACAAAAAAAGUGAGAGUUGAGACAUUUAAAGGACCAGCCUACGCCCCCUACACGCCAAACAUCGACAUGCCGGCAAUCAACGAAAACUACCGAGCUCGGCCGUAUUGUUACGCUUACGGAAUCGUGUUGAAGAAAGACAACGUGACACUCAGUAAAAUUGCUCUGGUCAAGAAAGACCUAUGUAAACAGAAUGGGGACAAGGUGUGGUACGUCCCAUACCACUACCCCUCGGAGGCGUGGUUCGUGCCUAACCCCCGGGGCAAGGCGGAGGAUGAUGGUGUUCUGAUGCUACCCAUCCUGGAUGGCGUGCGGAGGACGACCUACCUGGCCGUGCUGGAUGCUCGUACGAUGGAGUUGACCAAUAGAGCAGACCUCCCAACUGUCAUCCCCUUCUCACUGCAUGGACGUUUCUUCCCGGAGAUCUACUGAGGUCGGAAUUAACGGGCUAGUUUCUGGGAAACAGCAGUAGACUACGUAAUACCUAAUGCGACGAAUAACCACAAAUGUUUUAGGGUUGGUAUGUUAAGGAGUAGUAUUUGUGUACGUGUCUGUGUUCUUUCGUCACCUCUUUCGUCACCCCUAUGGUCCUAUGGUCACCCCUUUCGUCACCUCUUUUGACACUCUUUGUCACGAUAGACUUGAUAAAGAAAAGGGGAUCGGCGAUAUAACGGAA